AUGAUGGCAAAAAAUUCCCUGGAGGGGUCUAAAGAAGACCUGAGCAAAAUUUCGGAGGAGGAGAUGCUGAGGUGGAGCAAGGAGGAGCUGGUGAAAAGACUGAGGAAAGUGGAGAAUGAAAAGAUGAACUUAAUGGUGGAACACGGCAACUUAAUGAAGGACGUGAACCGGCGGCUGCAGCUCCACCUGCACGAGAUCCGCGGGCUGAAGGAGGGGAACCAGAAGUUGCAGGACGACAACCAGGAGCUGCGGGAGCUCUGCUGCUUCUUGGACGACGACCGGCAGAAAGGCAAGAAGCUGUCGAGGGAAUGGCAGCGCUUCGGGAGGCACACGGCCAGCGUGAUGUGGAAGGAGGUGGGCAUGUACCAGCAGAAGCUGAAGGACCUGGAGGCGAGACAGGAGACCCUCCUGCGGGAGAACGUGGAGCUGAAGGAGAUGGUGCUCAUGCUGGACGAGGAGCGGAGCGGGGCCGAUCCGUCUUCCAACUACAUCAGACAACUUGAAACAAAAGUGAAACUGCUGGAGGAUGACAACAAGCUUCUUUCCCAGGGAAUCCCAGACAUCCAAGAUGCUGAAGUCAUUCCGUAUCACUUGACUCCAUGUGAGGCACAGCAGUUCCCAGCAAACUGGGUGAUACAGGACGAGCAUCCAUUUCUUACGAUGGCUUUCUUGAAAACUGCCCUUCUCUUCACAGCUUGUAAAAGGGAAGUUGAUAGGCAGUCUAGCACGGGGGACCUGAGGACUCUGAGGAAAGGGUUGUCCCCAUACCACUCUGAGACACAGCUCUCCUCACUGCCGCAGUACCAAGACUCCCUGCAAAACGUAAGAGACGUUUUCUUACCUAUACAGAGAGCGCCGCGGGUUUCCCUGAAAGUGGGCAUGGCUGGAGGGCGCGUGUGA